AGCAAUUAUAAUUCCAAUUGAGUUCUACAGUCGAGCAUACAGUCGAGCAUACAGUCAACCACUACGAACAACGUCAGAAGCCAAUUAAUACAAUGUCGACCAUCUUCAUCACCGGUGGUACAGGCUACAUCGGCCGGGUUAUUAUCGAGCGAGCCCUCCAGAAAGGGUAUCUCGUGCGUGCGCUCUCUCGCAGCGCGUCCGGCGACGACUUCCUCACCUCCCUGGGGGCUGUACCCGUUCGAGGAACGCUCGAAACCUACGACAUUCUGAACGCGGAGGCCCGCAACGCGGAUAUCGUGCUGCACUUGGCGUUCGUUCACGACUUUACUAAGCCUUUGAAGGAGCUCAUCCCGAUUGAUAUCAAGGCGGUGGAUGCAAUGGCGGAAGCAUUGGCGGGCACGGGCAAAGCCCUGGUGGUGACGAGUGGGACGGGGCUCAUUCAGCCGGAUCCAGAGGGGAAGGAGACGGACGAGGAGUCGCCCGUGGCUCCGGAUGGGCAUUUCACGGUGCGGCGGGAGGCAGAGACAAAGGCGCUGGCGUGGGCCGAGAAGGGGGUCAGGGUGUCGGUGAUUCGGUUGCCGCAGUAUGUCUAUGGACGGAGGAAUCGGGUGUGGUUUGCGUCGGGAUGGAUUAAGGUGGCGGUGAAAUAUGGGGUGGCUGGGUAUCUUGGGGAUGGGAAGCACUGCUUCUCUCAGGUGCAUGUGGAUGAUGCGGCUGAGUUGUAUCUGCUUGCUGCGGAGAAGGCGGGUGCGGGGGAGGUGUUUAAUGGGGUUGCUGGGACGGAUACGUCGUAUCGACAGCUGGCGGAGGCGAUUGGAGAGGUGGCGGGCGUCCCGGUUCGGAGCGUUGCGAGAGAGGAAGCUACGGCGAGAUGGGGCCCGUUUUUGGUGGCCUUUGCGAGUACGGGGAAUAGGGCUUCGGGGGCGAAGGCGAGGAGACAGCUUGGAUGGGUGGUGGAGAUGCCCAGUUUGUUGAGUGAGAUUCGGGAGGGCAGUUAUAGGGAGCUGGUGGACGUGUUCAGAAGAAGUAACUGAUGGUUUGGGGUUUGAUAAGAGGGAUGAGUUGAUAGUAUCAGAUUUGUCUAGCAAGUGUUACGAUGGCCUAGAAAGUAAAGGAAUAUCACGGAGGCGAAUGUAUAUCUGGC